GCUAUCUUUACCUUGCUAUUGAAUAUGCACCCCAUGGAAAUUUACUUGAUUUUCUGCGAAAGAGUCGGGUCCUUGAGACUGAUCCAGCAUUUGCCAUAGCUAACAGUACGGCCUCCACUCUUUCCUCUCAGCAACUACUGCACUUUGCAGCUGAUGUGGCCAGAGGAAUGGACUACUUGAGCCAAAAACAGUUUAUCCACCGGGACCUGGCAGCAAGAAACAUUUUGGUUGGAGAAAACUACGUUGCAAAAAUAGCUGACUUUGGUUUGUCUAGAGGUCAAGAAGUUUAUGUUAAAAAGACCAUGGGAAGGCUUCCAGUGCGAUGGCUGGCAAUUGAGUCUUUAAACUACAGUGUAUAUACCACAAACAGUGAUGUUUGGUCGUACGGUGUGCUGCUAUGGGAAAUAGUUAGCCUAGGUGGAACACCAUACUGCGGGAUGACUUGCGCAGAACUGUAUGAAAAACUGCCCCAAGGGUACCGACUGGAGAAGCCGCUCAACUGUGACGAUGAGGUGUAAGUCAAUUGGAUCUUGCUGUACUUAAAGCGGUCUUGAAUGUCCCCUGGGCCAAGAGAUGGGAUGUAAAUGGCAAAAAUGAACUCAAAAUAAUAGGUAACUUUGCUUCAGGAAAGAAAAGAGGUGACUACUAAAAGAAACCAUAGAUUGGAUUUGGAAAAAGAGGAAAAUGUGUAACAGCAAAAGAACAUAGGCAUUCAUAGGGAACAUGAACUGUCACUGUAAUGUUUUUAUACCAUGCGUCCCACUUCAAUACACCUACCCUUAUUUAUUUAUUUAUUUAUUUACUUUUGUGUUUUGUGGUUGGAGCUCCUAUUCCAGGGCAAGAAGGAGAGAGCAGGCUUGACAAGAUACUGUGCCGGUUUGGGUCUUGGUUUCUGUUAGCCUUUCAAAUAAGACCCUGUUAGCCUUUCAGAUAACAACCCUGAGUAUUAACUCUAGUAUGAAGGAGAAAAAUGGCUGUCCUUGCCCAGAGUUAGGAUUUCAU